AGCGGUCAAAGCACGACCGGCACGGGUGACCGGAAAGACCAAGUACAAGAAGUGACAACGCUGGUGAUCAAUAUUUCCAAAAAGGUCACAGCUCUUACAAGUUAAGCGAAUAGUUACAGAGGAGGAUAAACUUGCAUUACGAUUGGAUGAGAUGUCUUCUAAAUUCAAUCAGAGAGGAUACUCUAAGGAGAUGCUUGCACAAGAAGUGGAAAGGGUUAAUGCAUUGGAUCGGGUUUCUACUAUACAGAACAAGGCACAGAAACCUAAACAACAGUCCAAAUUAAGCCCUCAUUACUGUUCCUGGAUCAUCUGGUGUGUUCUGAAUUGUGCAGUCAACGGGGGAAUAGCGAAGAAUAAAAACGAUAAGAUUAAAAAUGUACGGAGCUCAAAGUUCAAAAGAUUUACUGUUCCCUUCUUUUGUUGGUGACCCCGGACUUCAUGUUUUCCGCAUUGAAAAGAUGAAACUGAUCUCUUUAUCUUCUGAAAGUCAUGGAGUUUUUCAUUCUGGAGAUACUUAUCUCUUGGUUUUCAACUCAUCUGAGAGUAAUAGCAUCUUUGUCUGGAAUGGAAGCAAUACUUCUGUGGAUGAGAGGGCAGCUGGUGCCAUUUAUAGUUUCCAGUUGCAUAAGCACCUUCAUGAAAAACCAAUUCAAAACCAAGAAACACAGGGAAACGAAAGUACUGAAUUUAUGUCACUCUUCCCUCUUGGUGUUACAUAUCUGGAUGGUGGUGUUUCAUCUGGCUUCCACCAUUCUGCCCAGGACUCAGUGGAACUCACCUACCAUCUGUAUCAUGUAAGGGGGAGGAAACAUAUACGAGCAGCUGAAACAGAGUUGAAAUGGGAGAGUUUCAACAGAGGAGACUGCUUUAUUCUUGAUACUGGAAAGUCUAUCUAUAUUUGGUCCGGGUCAAAAUCAAACAUGUUGGAGAGGAACCGUGCACGUGAUCUGGCAUAUCAAAUACGAGAUAGUGAGAGGAGUGGAGCUGCAAAGGUUGAGAUCAUACAAGAAGGAGAAGAGCCAGAAGAAAUGAUAAAGAUUCUGGGAAAGCGGCCAGAAUCUCUCAGAGAUGCAAAUGUUGAAGAUGACAAAGAAGCUGAUGAAAGGCACACAAAGGGGGCAACUCUUUAUAAGGUAUCAAACGCUAGUGGACAGAUGCAAGUUACUUGUGUGGGUGACGGUGCACUCUUACGUAAGGAGCAACUGAUCUCAGAUGACUGCUUCAUCUUAGACUGUGUUGGAAAAAUCUAUGUAUGGAAAGGUAGGAAAGCCAACAAAGAAGAACAGGAGAGUAGUCUAAAGACUGCCAAUGAAUUUCUGUCACUCAUGAGUUACUCUCCCACUACUCAGGUUCAAGUUGUGUCAGAGGGAAAUGAGUCUCCUCUCUUCAGACAAUUCUUCAGCAACUGGAUGUAAGCCUUUGUGAAUUAAUAAAGUGUUUACAUAAUAUAACAAUAAAAUGUUCAUGUUA